UUAGGAUUAGACUCGGAGAGUAUGAGUUUUAUAUGAUGUUGCCUUAUCGUUAGCGUGGCUUCACACCAUUGUUUAGGAUUAGACUCGGAGAGUAUGAGUUUUAUAUGAUGUUGCCUUAUCGUUAGCGUGGCUUCACACCAUUGAUUAGGAUUAGACUCGGAGAGUAUUGGAUUUAGCCAGUUGAUCUCGUCAGUCUACUUGACUAUCUACACAUCGUACUUCAUGUCUGCUUCUCUACUUUAUCUCGUUGCUUCCAUCUGGAGCCCUCUACCGUGGACUUCAAACACAACCAGCUGUAAUAAUAGCUUUCCUUGUGAUUUGGUUGAAGAUUUACAAGAAGCAAACUCUUCAGUCAAGUCUUACUGGAAAUAUUUUUUAGUCCAGUUUACUGUACAAGAAGUGUCUUCUGUCAACUACCGCUUUGUCUUGUGUCUUUUGUUAUCUUGGUUGAUUAUCUUUUUUACCAUUCUCAAACAUGUCCGCUCCAUUGGAAAAGUGGCCUAUAUCACCACCUUUUACCCAUGUCUCUGCCUGGUAGUAAUGAUGAUCUCAACACUCACAAAAGAUGGUGCUGGAAGCGGGAUUUCCUAUUUCUUCGCACCUAAGUGGGAAAAACUUCAAGAAAAACAGGUUUGGUGUCAUGCUGGCCUACAGUCAUUGCUUUCUUUGGGUGUUGGAUUCGGCCAACUCAACACCUAUGCCAGUUACAACAGAUUCAGACACAACAUUCAGAG